AUGACGGCAAAAUUGCACAAGGAGCCGGGGUGCUACUGGUUCCGUGUCCCUGUUAGGAACGAGGACCGGCAGCGAGCAUGGAGGGCGUCCCGGGAGACCAAACUGGAGACCAUCCCAAACUGUGAAGCGUGCACCAAGCCCACGCCGGAGGAGGUGCGGGGCUGGGCACAGUCCUUCGACAAUCUGAUGAAGAGCCCGGCGGGUCGCAACGUCUUCCGAGAGUUCUUGCGGACUGAGUACAGCGAGGAGAACAUGCUCUUCUGGCUGGCGUGCGAGGAGCUCAAAACCGAGUGCAACAAGCACACCAUCGACGAGAAGGCCAGGACGAUCUACGAGGACUACAUCUCCAUCCUCUCGCCCAAGGAGGUGAGCCUGGACUCGCGGGUGCGGGAGGUCAUCAACCGGAAGAUGCAGGAGCCGUCCUCGCACACCUUCGACGACGCGCA